AUGAGGAGCAUUGGAUCUGCCCUGAACCUGCUUUUGGUAUCGCCACUCUACUUUGUGUGGACCGUGGUCGCUCUGGACCUGGCACAAACUCCCUGCACCACUUUGGUCCAGGGGAAAUUCUUUGGGUAUUUCUCCUCCUUCGCCGUCUUCCCGUUGAACUCCUCUCUCUGCUCUUGGAUUAUCCAGAACCCCGACCCUCGGAGGUACACCUUGUACAUGAAGAUCCUCAAACCCACCGGCGUAUGUGACCACCAGCACAUCCGCACCUACCAGUUCGACUCCUUCCUGGAGUCCACCCGCACCUACCUGGGCAUGGAGAGCUUCGAUGACGUGCUGAAGCUCUGUGAUGGGUCCACCCGCUACGCCUUCCUCCAGUCCAACAAGCAGUUCCUCCAGAUGAAGCAGACUGCGCCGCCGGGGGUGGAGAACGGACCCGUGCGGUGGAAGCCCAUGAAGGCUCAGGAAAGGGACUUCUCGGUGGAAUACCUCGUGGUGGGCAACAGGAACCCUAGCAAAGCUGCGUGCCAGAUGCUCUGCAAGUGGCUGGAUGCGUGCCUGGCCAUCAGCAGCAGCUCUCACCCCUGCGGCAUUAUGCAGACCCCCUGCUCUUGCUCGGGAGGGGAGGUCCUGGAUCAAGCCAGCGAGAUCCUGGGGCUCGCAAAGAAGAAGGAAGAUUGUUACAAGGAUGGGAUUUUCUUGGAGAACUGCAUGAGCAGCCCAAAAGACAGCAGCGGAGUGGAGUUCCUGGGUGGUUGGAACUCGUGGUCGGCUUGGGGCGACUGCACCAAGGACUGCGGGGGAGGCCUGCAGACCCGCAUGCGCUCCUGCAAGCCCCUUCCCAACGAAGGCCUUGCCUGCGAGGGAGUCCUGGAGGAAGGACGGCUGUGCAAUAGGAAGGCGUGCAAUACCAAUGGACGCUAUAAUUCCAGAAGCCAAUCGCUGAGGUCCACAGAUAACAGAAAGCGAGAGGACACUGACGAACUGCAGCACUACGGGUACCCUGCACCUCAAAUAGGUGACCCCGCGGCAGAGGAGUGGUCCCCGUGGAGCGUGUGUUCGACCACCUGCGGGGAGGGCUGGCAGACCAGGACCAGGUUCUGCGUGUCGUCUUCCUACAGUACUCAGUGCAGCGGUCCUCUCCGGGAGCAGAGGCAGUGCAACAACUCUGCUGUGUGCCCAGUGCACGGCACCUGGGACGAGUGGUCUCCGUGGAGCCUGUGCUCUUCCACUUGUGGGAGAGGGUACAGGGACCGGACCCGCACGUGCAAGCCCCCGCAGUUUGGUGGGAACCCCUGCGAGGGCCCGGAGAAGCAAACGAAGUUCUGCAACAUCGCACUUUGCCCGGGCCACUCAGUGGACGGCAACUGGAACGAGUGGUCGAGCUGGAGCUCCUGCUCAGCCUCCUGCUCCAACGGCACCCAGCAGCGGACGAGGGAGUGCAAUGGGCCCUCCUAUGGGGGAGCCGAAUGCCAAGGGCACUGGGUGGAGACCAGGGACUGCUUCCUACGCCAAUGCCCAGUGGAUGGGAAGUGGCAAGCCUGGGGCGUGUGGGGCAGCUGCACCACCACGUGUGGAGGUGGGACCCAGCGACGUGACCGGGUGUGCUACGGGCCCUUCUUCGGCGGAGAGUCUUGCCAGGGCCCCAAGGAAGAGUACAAGCAGUGCAAUGACAGGAGGUGUCCUGAACCCCAUGAGAUCUGUGACGAGGAAAGCCUUGCCUCUGUGGUUUGGAAAGAGACGCCCGCUGGGGACGCCGCGGCUGUCCGGUGUCCUCGCAAUGCCACCGGGCUGAUCCUUCGAAGAUGCACUUUAGACGAAGAAGGGAUAGCUUACUGGGAGCCUCCAACCUAUGUCAAGUGUGUUUCUAUUGAUUACAGGAACAUACAGAUGCUGACCAGGGAACAUCUUUCCAAAGCUCAGCGUGGGCUGAUGGUAGACGGGCUGUCAGAAGUGAUCCAAAACCUUGUGGAAAUCUCCCAGGAUGGGACCAGCUACAGUGGGGACUUGCUGUCCACCAUUGAUGUACUCAGGAACAUGACAGAGAUCUUCCGUAGGGCUUAUCACAGCCCGACUUCUGGGGAUGUGCAGAACUUCGUCCAGAUCAUCAGCAACCUUUUAUCAGAGGAAAACCGAGAGAAAUGGGAAGAAGCUCAGCUGAUAGGGCCAAAUGCCAAGGAGCUGUUCAGGCUGGUGGAGGAUUUCAUUGACGUCAUCGGCUUCCGCAUGAAAGAUUUCCGGGACUCCUACCAAGUGACCGACAACCUGGUCCUCGGCAUUCACAAGCUGCCCGCUAAUGCAGCAACUGACAUCACCUUCCCCAUGAAAGGCUGGAGGGGCAUGGUGGACUGGGCCAAGAAUUCAGAAGACAAGGUCACUGUCUCCAAGAGCAUCCUGUCUUCGGGGCUGGCAGAGACAGACGACUCUUCUGUCUUCGUGGUGGGGACCGUGCUGUACCGGAACGUGGGCAACAUCCUCUCGCUCCAGAGGAACAGCACUGUUCUAAACUCCAAGGUCAUCUCCGUGACUGUGAAGCCAUUUCCCCGGUCUCUCCUCACCCCCCUGGAAAUCGAGUUCUCCCACCUGUACAAUGGAACCACCAACCAGACCUGCAUCCUGUGGGAUGAAAAUGAAGGAGCCUCCGCCUCCGCCUCCCCGCCCGGCGCCUGGUCCUGGCGCGGCUGCCGAACGGUCCCGCUCGACGCCUCCCGGACCAAAUGCCUGUGUGACAGGCUCGCCGCCUUCGCCAUCUUAGCCCAGCUCAGCCCCGACAUGAACAUGGAAAAGGUGCUGGUCCCUUCUGUCACGUUAAUUGUAGGCUGUGGAGUAUCUUCGCUGACACUUUUGCUGUUGAUUAUCAUUUAUGUCUCUGUUUGGAGGUAUAUCCGCUCGGAGCGCUCCGUCAUUCUCAUCAACUUCUGCCUCUCCAUCAUCUCCUCCAAUGCUCUCAUCCUGAUCGGACAGACCCAGACCCGGAACAAGGUGAUAUGCACGCUGGUGGCGGCUUUCUUGCACUUCUUCUUCCUCUCCUCUUUCUGCUGGGUGCUGACCGAGGCCUGGCAGUCCUACAUGGCCGUGACGGGCCGGUUACGGAACCGCAUCAUCCGCAAGCGCUUCUUGUGCCUCGGAUGGGGGCUCCCAGCCUUGGUGGUUGCCAUUUCCGUGGGGUUUACGAAAGCCAAGGGGUACGGCACCGCAAACUACUGCUGGCUGUCAUUAGAAGGAGGUCUUCUCUACGCCUUCGUGGGACCGGCAGCUGCUGUCGUUUUGGUGAACAUGGUUAUUGGCAUUCUGGUUUUUAACAAACUUGUAUCCAAAGAUGGAAUAACAGAUAAGAAACUGAAGGAACGGGCAGGUCAGAUGGCAGUGCCCCUUUACGGCAUGACGCUCAAAUGUUCCAAGUGUGGAGUAGUUUCUUCCGCUGAAGUUUCGGCCACAGCCACCAGUAACGCCAUGGCAUCCCUUUGGAGCUCCUGCGUGGUCCUGCCUCUCCUGGCUCUCACCUGGAUGUCUGCAGUUCUGGCAAUCACAGAUCGGCGGUCGGCGCUCUUCCAGAUCCUUUUUGCUGUCUUUGACUCAUUGGAGGGCUUUGUCAUCGUGAUGGUCCAUUGUAUCCUUAGGAGGGAGGUCCAGGAUGCUGUGAAGUGCCGAGUCGUAGAUCGUCAGGAAGAGGGCAAUGGAGACUCUGGGGGGUCAUUUCAGAACGGACACGCUCAACUAAUGACCGAUUUUGAGAAGGACGUGGAUAUGGCUUGUAGAUCAGGUGAGCACAUCACAGUGCUGAAUAAAGACAUCACCACCUGCAGGACCUCAACCAUCACAGGAACGCUGAAGCGCCCAUCACUACAGGAUGAGGAGAAAUUGAAACUCAAUCACCAGAAGGGGUCCUCAAACUUUAACAGUCUUCCAGCCAACGUCUCCAAGAUGCAUCUGCAGGGCUCCCCGCACUACCUGGGGGCCAUCAACCUGAACGAGUUCAGCAAUCACAGUCUCACCCUGAAGAAGGACAAGAACCAGCCGCCCAAAUCCAUCUACAUCUGUGAUGGGGACAUCUUCAAGAAGUUGGACUCAGAACUCUCCCGGGCCCAAGAACAAACGCUGGACACCAGCUAUGUCAUUCUGCCUACCAACACAUCUACCUUGCGGGCCAAACCACCCAAGGACGAGAGCAAAUACAGCAUCAAUAUUGACCAGAUGCCCCAGACAAGGCUGAUCCACCUCAGUAUGGCUACUGACCCAGGCUUUGUCGUCAAGAGUCCUCCACGGGAGCCUGUGACCAUGACUUGCAGUGAGGUGCAGGGUUCCUCCAUGGUACAACAGCAGCAGCAGCUGCCCCCACAGAAUAUCUCCAAUGAGUCACAGAUUCCCAACAGCCUGUGUGACACAGGAGACUCAGGGAACUCAGGUGUGGUGUCCAAGAGUGAGACCGUCUCCACCCUCUCCAUGAGCUCCUUGGAGAGACGGAAAUCCCGGUAUGCAGAGCUAGAUUUUGAGAAAAUCAUGCACACAAGAAAACGUCACCAAGACAUGUUCCAAGACCUGAACAGAAAACUCCAGCACGCAGAGAAGGAGAAGGAGUCUCCAACAGCGGACAGCAAGCAAGAAAAACAGCAGACACCAAACAAGAGACCCUGGGAAGGAAUCAGGAAAGUCCAGUCCCCACCGUCAUGGGUUAAAAAGGACAUCGAACCUGUGGCACAGUCUCCCCUAGAACUAAAAACUGUAGAGUGGGAGAAAACAGGGGCCACCAUCCCUCUGGUGGGACAAGACAUUAUUGACCUUCAGACGGAGGUCUGA